UUUUUCUACAACUGUAUGUUUCCAGCAAACACCUCAGGAAGGCACUACGUGGUUUGUGCCACAAGGCGGCGCAGUGCGCGGGAAAACUACCGUCACAGUGAGCCCAGUGCAGCGCCCAGUGAUAUGGAAGGGAGGAGUGGCCGUAAGGUGAAGGCUUCUAGUCGUGACACCUCAAAUGAGAAGAAACUUUUCAAAGCGAUAUAUAUAAAUCGCUUCGGAAAACACAGCUCAGGGACAGUCUUACAAUAUGGGCUUCGGUCCGGAGACAAGAAGGUCCUAAUUUCUGUGGCAGGGGAAAACCAGGCUAAGAGACAGCAUGGGAACCUGAGGCGCAGUAGGAAAGCGGGGAGUAAAGGAACCGCGUCCCCUGAGAUCCCGCUGUUGCGGCCUAAACACGGAUCCUGGAUUGAGACUUCAACAAACCGAGAAAGAGGCAAUCAGCAUACAAAUGUACAUAAGUGGGGUGAGCAUACCGCAGAUAUAAAUGGCAGACACAAAGGCAAAUCUCAUAAUAAAGAGAGAAAAGUCUUGGAUGACCAAUUCCGUUUGAAGCGAGGGGAACCAGCACGGCACAAUGGGACACCUGCAACAUGCAGUCAGAAUGUUAAGUUGGACAAGCACCAUAGUGUAUUACAUGUUAUUGCAAAAAUGUUAGAAGAAAAUGAACAACUGAGACAGAGACUUCAUGACUGCAGUCAAAAAUGCACCCAAUAGAAAGAAAAUAGUCUGAAUCCUGCCCUGAAUCCUGCACUGAAGAAGUCGACAAACUUUAGUUACAUUCAAGUCCACUGCAUUGUUGGUUCUCUACCCCCUUUACAUUGAGUAACAGAGUUAUUGCCACAACCUUUUCAGCUAGCUAAGCCAGCUGCACCAUAUAUAUACAUGAAAUGGCAUGUUUAGUUAAUAUGUUUUGAAGGGACCAUAGUGUCAUAGGAAACCAUGCAGGCUGCUAACAUGGUAAAACUACUUUUGAGGUUUAGUUCCACAGUUUUUUGUUUACAGUAUUUUUUGUAGUGUUUUCAGCAGAUUGUAAGUUAUAAUUAUGAUAAAUUAUUUUGUUUGCAGUUUA